CCUCGCUGAGGUCACGAGACUGUCCCAGUCCAUGCGGUCUACACAGCCUCAGAAGAUCAAGGUGGCAUGACCGGGCUAACAAGCUUUCCGAAGGAUUGACGGAUCUACUACCUUCCUAUCUGGACAAGCAUUUGAGAUGACUCACGAUGAACCGUCGAGAAGACUCACCUCCGACACACAAGAGAACAAAGCCAUAAAGCCUCCAUGACGGAAGGGCACAACUCGGAAUCCCAUCGAACAUCAUGUCCAAAACGUGGAACCAACCGUCCCAGGACGCCCUCGUAAAGAGCCUCUGGCCACUCUACCCCGGCGAGGACGAAGCGACCAACACAUCGCAGCUCCGGCAUAGACUCAAUCUCCUCCAAACCUGGUUCGGAGACCUCACUCCCACGCCCAAAGACCUUCAGGAUGCCUCCAUCCUCGAAAUCGGAUGUGGACAAGGAGACAUGACCAUACCUCUAGCCCACUUCGCAGGCCACGUCGACGCGGUCGAUCCGGCUCCUCUGGACUACGGCUCUCCUUUCACUCUCGGGCAAGCACAGGCCCAGCUGUCCAAGCAUUUCGGCGACAAAAUCCGCUGGAUUCAGCAGGAUCCUAUGGAUUAUAUACGCUCUCAGAAAGACUCCCAAUCCGCUCCGGAUGUCGUGGUACUGGCUCAUUCCAUCUUCUACUUCGCCUCGGAGGAGUAUCUCUCUAGCCUCCUCCGUGAGCUCCGCGCUUUUGGAAAUGGCCAUAACUCUGGCUCCCUAAAGCUCGUAGUCGCGGAAUGGGGCAUGCGAGCGACCAACCCGGCGGCGGAAGCUCAUGUCCUGGCUGCGAAAGCUCAGGCUCCGAACCCAUUGCCGGAUGGGAAUGUUAGACUUGUUGUCACGCCGGAGGAGAUUCAGCGGAUCGCGGCGGAUGGUGGAUGGAAGUUGGCGAAGGAGCACUGGAUUGAGAGUCCGGAGUUGGAUGAUGGGCAGUG